CGGAGUGUUUAUGAGGAGGCUCGGUACUGUACUGUCACCAGGGGGCACGCCACAGAGCGCAUUUAGCCAAACAUUUUGAAUAAUAAUCAUUUAACAACAACAACAACAAAAAGCCCCGGUCCGGCCGGCGCUGGCGGAGCCGAAGGAGCCAUGCAGCCAAACUUUGGGGAGCCCGGCAGCAUUGUUGUUUUCCUGACAGCGCUCGCCCGCCCUUGAGGAGCCGUAACUGCAUUAUUUGAUAUUUUUUUUUCCCUCUUUAUUUUGUUUUCUCCCCCUCCUCCCACUCUCCAGCCCCCCCUUUUCCUCCUUCCCCCCGCGCCCGGGCUCGGCGCCCUCGCCGGCGCUCGGCGGGAGCAGCAGCCGAGGCGGCCCCGCGCAGCAGCCGCCGCCAGCCCCGCUCCGCCGGGCGCCCCGCCGCGCUCGGGAGGGAGCUAACAUGGCGACGGUGCCCGUCUAUUGCAUCUGUAGGCUGCCCUACGACGUAACCCGCUUCAUGAUCGAGUGCGACGCCUGCAAGGACUGGUUCCACGGCAGCUGUGUGGGUGUUGAAGAAGAAGAGGCACCAGAUAUCGACAUCUAUCAUUGUCCAAAUUGUGAGAAAACCCAUGGGAAGUCUACUUUGAAAAAGAAAAGAAAUUGGCAUAAACAUGAUACUGGACAGACAACAGAGGUUAAACCUGUGCAGAAUGGGAGCCAAGUCUUCAUAAAAGAACUUCGAAGUCGUACUUUUCCAAGUGCUGAAGAUAUAGUGGUGAAAGUGCCAGGCAGCCAGCUAACAACAGAGUAUUUGGAAGAAAAUGGUUUUGCAGAGCCCAUCCUCGUCCCAAAGAAGGAUGGUCUGGGUUUGUCUGUACCUGCUCCCACCUUCUACGUCAGCGAUGUUGAAAACUAUGUCGGACCAGAGAGGAGUGUUGAUGUCACUGAUGUCACCAAGCAGAAAGACUGCAAGAUGAAGCUCAAGGAAUUUGUGGAUUACUACUACAGCACAAACAGGAAAAGGGUCCUCAAUGUGACCAACCUGGAGUUCUCGGACACGAGGAUGUCCAGUUUUGUAGAGCCUCCAGAUAUAGUUAAGAAGUUGUCCUGGGUGGAAAACUAUUGGCCUGAUGAUGCUCUUCUGGCUAAACCAAAAGUCACCAAGUACUGCCUGAUCUGUGUGAAGGACAGCUACACAGAUUUCCACAUAGACUCGGGAGGAGCUUCUGCCUGGUACCAUGUUCUGAAGGGAGAAAAGAUAUUUUAUCUCAUCAAACCAGCCUCUGCAAAUAUUUCUCUUUAUGAACGCUGGCAAUCAGCAGCAAACCACAGUGAGAUGUUUUUUGCAGACCAAGUAGAUAAAUGCUACAAAUGCACAGUUAAACAAGGACAGACACUCUUCAUUCCAUCAGGUUGGAUUUAUGCAACUCUAACACCUGUAGACUGCCUGGCCUUUGCAGGACAUUUUCUACAUAGUCUAAGUGUUGAAAUGCAGAUGAGGGCGUAUGAAGUAGAAAGACGGUUGAAAAUUGCCAGUCUGACCCAGUUUCCAAACUUCGAAACUGCGUGUUGGUACAUGGGAAAGCAUCUACUAGAGACAUUCAAAGGUUUGCAUAAAGCUGGGCAACAGCCUCCUGCUCAUUUACUCCAAGGAGCAAAAAUUCUCAAUGGUGCUUUCAGGUCAUGGACUAAAAAACAGGCUUUAGCAGAACAUGAAGAUGAGCUACCAGAAAAUUUCAAACCAGCACAACUUAUCAAGGACCUUGCCAAAGAAAUAAGAUUAAGUGAGAAUGCUUCAAAAGCCAGCAAAGCAGACACGAGUGCCAACACUAACGCCGAGGAGAUGUGUCCUGUGGAGAAGGAGGAGGCACCAUCACCCGUCCAAGCAACGCCUCCACCCCAGCCUGUGGAAAAGCUCCCGAAAAAAAAGACUCCCAAAACUGUGAAAACUCCCAAACAACUGAAGCCAUCCAAACCUCCCAAGCCCCCCAAACCUCCUAAGCCUCCCAAAACACCAAAAGUUAAGGGAGAAGGGAAAAAGAAAGGAAAGAAGGCAAAAGAGAGUCCACCACCAGCCAUCCCCAAUCUGGACUUGCUGGAGGCGCACACAAAGGAGGCUUUGACAAAGAUCGAGACACCAAAGAAGGGGAAGGCUGCAAAGAACGUUCUAAGUGCUCCCAAUAAGGAAACUGCUACUAAGCAGAAUGAGGUGGAGAAAUUUGAAGUUCGAGAGCAAAAUAAAAGCAAAACAGAAGCCAAAUGGAAGUACAAGAACAGUAAACCUGAUUCACUUCUAAAGAUGGAAGAGGAACACAAAUCAGAAAAGACACCUUUGUCGGGAAAUAAGGACAACAAAUUUACAUUCUCUUUCUCUAACAAGAAGUUGCUUGGUUCAAAGGGAGUCAAACCCCAGCUGAACACCAGCGUGUUUGGGUCACUGCAGAAUUUUAAAGAAGACAAAGCAAAACCUGUACGCGAUGAAUAUGAAUACGUGUCAGAUGAUGGUGAACUAAAAAUUGAUGAGUUUCCAAUCAGAAGGAAGAAAAACACUACAAAAAGAGAACUGCCCUUUUUGUCAGAUAAAAAAGACACUCUGCAGCACACUCCUGUUAAGAAGCCAAAGGUGGAGUCAGUAUCAUACAAGAGCGAUGACUCGUCAGAUGAAGAUUUGCUUCACAUUGACACAGAGGCAAAGCCAGGGCGCAAUUCCAAAGUAAAGAAAGAGAGUGGAAGUUCAGCAGGAAUUCUUGAUCUUCUGCAGGCAAGCAAGGAAGUUGGGGGUUUGGAGUAUAACACCAACAGUCAGCCACCUGCCUCACCCAGCACACAGGAAGCAAUCCAGGGCAUGCUAUCCAUGGCAAACCUCCAGUCCUCAGAGUCCUGCCUCCAGCCAUCGUGGGGUACGAACCAGGCGAAGAAUAACUCCAUCUCCACACAGAACUCUAAAAAAACAGGUGGUGGCAGCAACAAAAACACUGGCAAACGGUUACUGAAGAAAAGCACAAAGAACAACAUCGACAUAGAAGAUUAUGAUGAGGACCAGGACCACUUAGAUGCCUGUUUUAAAGAUUCAGACUAUGUUUACCCUUCUCUUGAAUCAGAUGAAGAUAACCCAGUUUUCAAAUCCCGAUCAAAGAAAAGGAAAAGUUCAGAUGAUGCCCCUUACAGUCCAACUGCACGAGUUGGCCCCUCAGUGCCUCGACAAGACAGACCAGUGCGAGAGGGCACAAGAGUCGCCUCCAUAGAAACUGGGCUCGCCGCUGCUGCCGCCAAGUUGUCACAGCAGGAGGAACAAAAAGGCAAGAAGAAAAAAAAUACCAAAAAGAAGCUGUCAACCAACAACGUGAACAAACCGGCUCAGGAAGGCAGCUCGCCAGAGCCGAAGCUGGAGUCACAUGCCAGCAGCCUCACAGAUCACGAGUACACCGCAGGGGCCAGCACCUUUGGGGUCACCCAGCCUAACAGGGGAUCGCAGCCGAUGGCACCCGGUGUUUUCCUCACACAGAGGAGACCCUCAUCAUCCUCGCAGAACAAUGCCUCCGCCAAAGGGAAGCGCACGAAGAAGGGGAUGGCCACGGCCAAGCAGCGGCUCGGCAAGAUCCUGAAGAUCCACCGGAACGGGAAGCUGCUGCUGUAGCGGCGGGGCCGCGGGCAGCCGCCGCCGGGCUCUCGGCCACGACCACCACCACCCCGUUAACUUUCAGCGGUCGGACUGUACAGAAUCCUGCUAUAAAUAUUUUUUAAUAUAGAUGUCCUUUCUCAGAGCGCUGAGACUGACUAGCCGCAAAGUUAAUACUAACCUGCCGCGGAGAGCGGGCGGCCCCGGCCCGGCCCUCAGGCGGAGCCGCGGGGAGGCGGGAAGGCGCCGGGCCAGGCCGCGCCUCUUCCCGCUCGGCGAACGGGCGCAGCGAGCAGGGCCGCGGGGCCGCGUCGGGGCCGUGGGAUGGGCGGGGGCCGGAGUUGGGCUGAGGUUUCGGGCUGAGGCGUUGGGCUGAGGCGAUGUGCUAUGGCGGCCGUUGUGCUGAGGCGUUGGGCGCGUUUCUCAGGCACCCCCUGCGUCGCCCUGUAUAGCUGCGCUUCCCGAGGCUCCCUUUUCCUAGAAUGUAGCUUGUACAUAGCUUUUGGAAUAACCACCUCCGGUUUUUUAUAAGGGGAAAGUCUCUCUGGGGCGCCGCCCGCCGGUACCAGCUCUUUGGGUAACUUCUUGUACGAGGAGGGAGACGAAGUUAUUUUACUAGCACCUUGUGGAGUGUUUCCGUGUUUUGUGACGAUGUAAUUUAUUAAUGUUUGUAGCUUUUUAUAUUUGUACAUUUCUUAUGGGCUUUGUUUAUAUACACACAUUACCGGGGCGCGGCGCCCGCGGAACCAGCGCCCCCCGCGGGAGGCGAGGCGAGGCCCGCGCCGGCAUGGGCGUCGCGCCGGCUUUUUUUAUUAUGAUUAUUAUUAUUAGUAUUAUUAUUUUUUCGCGACAUGUACAUUUCUAACAAAGUUUAUCGUGGCUAUCUAUCUAUGACGGUGUUUUAUUUACCGAUUCAUAUCAAAUGCUCUUGUAUCGAGUUCACAAAAUCUUCAAGUAAGCCUAGAGCAAAGUUUAAAAAAAGAAGGGGAAAAAAAAAAGGGGGAGGAAAAAAAGAAAGCAAAGUAAACUAUUUCAGGUUUUGUACA